CGACAUUACGCGUAGAGCGUCAUGCGCGCAUUUUAAUUCACGUAUUGUUGAUAUCUAACGUGAUAAAAAUGGCGUCUACAUGGAAAAUGCGAUUAGCGGUUGUUUAUUUAAGCAUCUUAUUUGUCCUGGCCAACGCACAAUCGAAACAAAUAACCAAGGAAACGGUUGUGUUAAAUGUGACAGCGGUUAGUGUAACUAACCAGACUAAGUACAGUGUACAGAUACGUUUAAAUAUAGGUCUGUUGGACAAUGAAACGUUUAUUAAUGGAGCUCUUCUCAAGCCUUCAGAAGUCACAAGAAUGACAUGUCCAGCUUUAUUGUUGGAUGGUUCUAAUGUGAGCUCUAGUAAUCUGGCGGAUGGGUUGGUCAACAGUGAGCUGAGGCUGAUGCUCAAUCAGUCAUAUGUUCAGAGUGAUGCUGGAGAGCAGAUUCUGUUACUCGUCCUGAGUCAGGAGAUAAUCCAGCUAGCAGAUGAAAAGGUCCAGCAGCCAGACGUGUGUGAGGUGGAGAUCCUGUGGAACCAGAGCUCCGAGGAGAUCACACAGGUGACCAAUAUUUACCCUUCAUCAAGAAGCAAGCUCUCUGCCAUCCCACGAGAGAGUGACGUCUUGGUGACUAAUGCAUCCAUACGUUAUACAGUUGAAGACCAAGUGCUUACCACCAGCCACUAUCUACUCAAACAUGCAGAGACCACUCAGGAGGAGAUCGCAGCUCCAGGGAACCUUCCUGAAACACCCUUGCGGAUGGACCCUGACACUCUGUAUGAGUCCAGAGAGGAAGAGGAAAGGACUUCAGAUUCCUUACUGCUCGAGUCUUCUCUGAGUGGGUCUGUGUCCUCCUAUAGUGCGGCGUGUCAGUGGGUCAGGGGGCUGAGAGAGAAGCUGAGGCACUUUUGGUCUGACUCUAUCCCACUCUUCUUCUUGAUCAUGUGGGUGGUGGUGGUUGGUGUAGCAGGUUCAGCUGUCAUCAUUAAGAUCCUGGAUCUUCUGUUCCCCUCCUGUGAACAAAGGGGAUUCUUUCAUUUGAAUCCAGAGACUCUGAUGCCAGAUGAUGAAAAACAGAGGCUAAUAGAUAACAUGGAGGGAGAAACAACUGAAAAAAGCAUUUUGAUAGAUAAGUGAUGGAUGUGUUCUCAUUAGUUCGGUUAUGUGGCUUUAUUUGGUUGACAAUACCAAUGAUUUCAAUGUAGCACUUUUAAAAGAAAA